GCCACCAGGGUGGGCAGAAGGCCCCGGCUGCCCGCAGCCAGCCCGCCACCGGAGUGUGAAAUCAUGGACUCUUCCAAGACCUUCAUGAGAAAACUGCCAGUCACACCAGGCUACAGUGGCUUUGUGCCAUUCCUUAGCUGCCAGGGCACCUCCAGUGAGGACAACGUGGACCACUGUCUGAAAACCUUCCAGGAGAACACACAGCGCUAUAAAGAGCAGCUGGAGGAAUUUCGCUGCUCAGUGGCCACUGCCCCGAAACUGAAGCCCGUCAGUUCCCCAGAGACGGUCCUGCGGGCGCUGCACCAGUACUACCGGGAGCACCACCCCAUGAUUCUGGAAUGCAAAUAUGUAAAGAAACCUCUCCAGGAGCCCCCAAUCCCUGGUUGGGGAGGCUACCUGCCCAGAGCCAGGGUCACUGAAUUGGGCUGUGCCACGAGGUACACUAUCAUGGCCAAAAACUGCUACAAGGACUUCCUGGAUAUCAUGGAACAGGCCAAGAGAGCACGCCUGAAACCAUAUGAGGAAAUAUAUGGAGUUAGGACCACACAACCUCCUGCUCCUUCUCCAAAAGUUUUGCAGCAUGAAGGGCUGCUGCCAAAAUACCCAGAUUUCUCUAUUCCAGAUUAA